UUGUUCACGAGAUUGUUGACAUUGUGCAGGUGGAUGCACUUUUGUGAAAUCAUUUUUAGAAAAUGCGUCUUGCGACUCACGAGAUUUCAUGGCAUGGAAAGUUUCGUGUACUCAGUGUAGAUUUUGCGUCGAACGACAAAUUAGUGCGUUUGGCCACUAGUGGAGAUGAUUCGAAUAUCCGGAUCUGGUCGGUUCUUUCUCAUAAUGAGACCGAUUCAAAGGUGGAGUUCUUAUCUAAUCUCUCUCGUCACACAAAGGCUGUAAACAUUGUAAGAUUUGCACCUGAAGGGAACAUACUUGCAUCUGGAGGAGAUGAUUGCUAUGUCAUCCUUUGGAUGCUAAGUGAGAAAGAAUCAGAGCUGUGCAACAACAGCAUGAACAAUGAAGACAUGGAUAACAAAGAAUUCUGGCGUGCUACGAAAAUCCUUCGGGGUCAUAUAGAAGAUGUGUUGGACAUAGCCUGGUCUCCGAAUGCCUCUCAAUUGAUUUCUGGCUCUGUUGAUAACAGUGUCAUAAUAUGGGACGUCAUCAAAGGAGAAAAAAUGCGAAUGUUGACCGAUCAUCGUCAGUACGUGCAGGGAGUAUGUUGGGAUCCCUGUGGAUCUUAUAUAGCCUCGUGUUCCAGCGAUCGAACUUGUCGCAUAUACAGCACGUCGAACUAUCGGCGAUGUUACACUAUCAGUCAAGUAAAUUUACCAAAUAACUCUCAAGAUGGCACCCAGACGACGAGGCAAAUGAAAAUAUUCCACGAUGAAACGAUUCUUCAAUCUUUCUUCCGUCGACUGACGUUUUCGCCCGAAGGAUCGCUCCUAUUUGUACCAGCUGGACGGUUCGAGGCGAAUGAAAAAGUUGUGAAUGCUACUUAUGUCUUUACGAAGGCAUCUUUGAACAAGCCUGUCAUGUAUUUUCCCGCGUUGAAGAAGCCGACGAUUGCCGUUCGAUGUUGUCCAACGCUUUUCCAGCUGAGAAAUUCAGAAGGUAAAGGCGAAAAAAACGGCGUGAAAACAGUUUUUAAGUUACCCUAUCGUAUUGUGAUUGCUGUGGCGUCUUUGGACAGCGUUGCUCUUUACGACACUCAGCGGUUGCUGCCAUUUGCAUUUCUUACCAACAUGCAUUAUGAAAAUCUAACGGACAUUGCAUGGUCGAACAGCGGUAAAUUUUUGGCCAUAUCGUCGAGCGAUGGUUACUGUUCGUUGGUAACUUUCCACGAGAAAGAGCUGGGAGAACCUUACUUGAAGACGGCAAGAGAAACGAUCGAGAAUGCUAAAGUUUUGGCGGGAAAUGCUCCAGUUGGUAAGAACAUACCUCAUGCACAAACGUCAAAGACGUCAGCGUUAACCAGAGAGGAGAACGUAGUUUCGCCAAAGAUUGAAAAAGUGUCCAUUAAGAACUUUAUGACUGUCAAGCCCUCACGGAUGAAAAACAACUGUGCUGGCGAUGAUUUUAGUUCUGUUUGUGAAAAGAAUGAGGAAAAUGUUAGACAAGAAGCGGGGCGAACAGCACCACUAUCCGGUAAUGGUAGUUUAAAUAUGAUAAAGCCGAUUCAUAACCUUUCGUGUAAGAAGGACGAAGCGGUUUCAACGCUUGUCACAAAGCCUUUGCAAGACACAAGCCCUACCACACAUUGUUCAACAACUGCAAGAAAACGACCUCGCAGAGUGAACUUUGUCACUUUGCAGCCUUCUCCGGCGCUAAAGGAAAUGUCUACAGAGGUAUGGCCCGUAUCAACAAAAACGGAAAGUACAGAAGAUCUCACCGGUGAUUCUCGUGUAGAGCAUAUGAAUAUCGAAAUGACAAACGUUGAUCCGAAAACGACCGAGAAUAACUGUGAAAACGUCUCUUUGACAACCACCAAUUUAUCAGCGGAGGAGACCAAAAUGGACGGCAUAUGCUCAACUUCUCUUCUAACACCGCAGCCUGUGACAAUAAAGACUGUUGGGAAUUCAGAUGAACAACAUCACAGUCAAGACUCGAAACCGUCAACAUCAAUUCAAACGACAAUAAGCCCGGAGCGUCCAUCUCCAAUACAACCCAAACCUCGUCGUGUUAGUUUUAUUACUUUGAAAUCUACGCCAAAUUCAUCUCCACCCAACAACCAAAAUGUCAAUGGUCAUCCCUUUACCUCUUCUCCGAUGCCUCACUGUAAUUGUGCUGAUGUAAAUGACGUCAGCAAAGAGACGACUCCACCUCAGGUUGUAGCGACGGUCGACGAAAGUUCCACUUUCAAAGAAAGGAAUUAUUCAAGUAGACCUGGCAAACACCCAGUGCCUUUGGAACCAGAAGUGAUUAUUUUGAAUUAGUCAAUGGACAAGAAUUAUGUACAUGUAAACUUUGUUUGAUAGAGAACCACUAUUGUUGCUUAGGAUGUUUUUGUUUUCUGAAAUGAUAUAGUUUUGUACAAGGUACAGCAGUGAUAGUUUUUACUUUUCGAGAUUUAUUUAUUAUUCUGCGUUUAAUAAUAUACUUUGAGAUGUUUUUCUCAA